GCUAACUCCUGAGCUGAGCAGCACGCAAGCCAAGAGGCGUCUGCGAGGCUGCAAGCGGCGCGGCGGCAGCGGCUUCUGCGAAAGCGAAGAAAAAAAUCUCCAGCUGAACACGAGGCCCCAGAUCCCGGCCACAGAAUCAGAACUUUCAAAGGUAGCGCUGUGACGGGCCCUCCUUGCCCGCCUAAGUUCUCAUGCAGCACAGGGAUUUGCCUUUCCCGCUGCAAGAAGAAGAUCUAGCGGCUGUAAACAGAAGCAGGUGCAGAAAGGCGGGUUCUCUUGCUUCCUAGAACAGGGGACCAGGGGAACUACUUUCCGCCUUUCAGUUUAACGCAGACGACACGCAGUCUCCAGAUUCUGAACUCAGACGUUUCCUGAAACUGAAAAGUGGAGGAAUUCAGAGCCACGAAGGUCAGGCAGACAGAGCAUCUAGAAGCAUUUAACCUCUAAGCGCCAAGUCAGCUUGCAAGGAGAAUUCUGCCCAGAAAGAGAUUUCUUCCUUCCUGUCUGGCUUAAGCAGGAUCCUGAGCCUCAAGUGCCUGCCACAGGAGGCUGCAAAGGGGGUGGUGGGUGCAGAAGGGAGGGCUUUGCCACAAACCUGUGAAAUGGAUAAUGUCCUCCCUGUGGACUCAGAUCUCUUCCCAAAUAUCUCCACCAACACCUCAGAACCCAACCAGUUCGUGCAGCCAGCCUGGCAAAUUGUCCUUUGGGCAGCUGCCUACACAGUCAUUGUGGUGACCUCCGUGGUGGGAAACGUGGUGGUGAUGUGGAUCAUCUUGGCCCACAAGAGAAUGAGGACAGUGACCAACUAUUUUCUGGUGAACCUGGCCUUCGCAGAGGCCUCCAUGGCUGCCUUCAAUACAGUAGUGAACUUCACCUACGCUGUCCACAACGAGUGGUACUAUGGCCUGUUCUACUGCAAGUUCCACAACUUCUUCCCCAUCGCAGCGGUCUUUGCCAGUAUCUACUCCAUGACAGCAGUGGCCUUCGAUAGGUACAUGGCCAUCAUCCACCCCCUGCAGCCCCGGCUAUCAUCCACAGCCACCAGAGUGGUCAUUUGUGUUAUCUGGGUCCUGGCCCUCCUGCUGGCCUUCCCCCAGGGCUACUACUCAACCACCGAGACCAUGCCUGGCCGAGUCGUGUGCAUGAUCGAGUGGCCUGAGCAUCCUGACAAGAUUUAUGAGAAAGUGUAUCACAUCUGUGUGACGGUGCUGAUCUACUUCCUCCCCCUGCUGGUGAUCGGCUAUGCCUACACAGUAGUGGGGAUCACACUGUGGGCCAGUGAGAUCCCCGGGGACUCCUCUGACCGGUACCACGAGCAAGUGUCUGCCAAGCGCAAGGUGGUCAAGAUGAUGAUCGUAGUGGUGUGCACCUUCGCCAUCUGCUGGCUUCCCUUCCACAUCUUCUUCCUCCUGCCCUACAUCAACCCAGAUCUCUACCUAAAGAAGUUUAUCCAGCAGGUCUACCUGGCCAUCAUGUGGCUGGCCAUGAGCUCCACUAUGUACAAUCCCAUCAUCUACUGCUGCCUCAAUGACAGGUUCCGCCUGGGCUUCAAGCAUGCCUUCCGGUGCUGCCCCUUCAUCAGCGCCGGUGACUAUGAAGGCCUUGAAAUGAAAUCCACCCGGUAUCUCCAGACCCAGGGUAGCAUGUACAAAGUCAGCCGCCUGGAAACCACCAUCUCCACAGUGGUUGGGGCCCAUGAGGAGGAUCCCGAGGAAGGCCCCAAGGCCACACCUUCAUCCCUGGACCUGACCUCCAAUGGCUCCUCACGCAGCAGCUCCAAGACCAUGACAGAGGGCUCCAGCUUCUACUCUAACAUGCUGUCCUAGGCAGCAGGCCCUCCAGCAGGUGCGGCCUUGGUCACCUCUGUCCUGCUUCAUUCAUGCAUGGAUACUUCCUUGAUUUGGAAACGUCAGAAACACCCUAACAUUGGAGCUUUUGGAAGGGUCAGAAUGGUUUAGAAAAAGCAUUCCAUCCUAAAAUUGAUCUAGGCCUGGGGAUUUAGCUCCGUGAUUCUGUCACCUGCCAUGUAAGCUCAAGGUCCAGAGUUCAAUCCCUGGUACAAAAAAAAAAAAAAAUCAAUCUGGAUUCAUCCAUGGCAUUGCCAUCCCCAUGCUGUGUGACCUAAAGCAAAUAAUUGAACUUCUCUAAGUUUGUAAAAUAAGGAGGUUGAACUAGAUUUUUUCUGUGAUUCAUUCCAUGAUUCUAGAAGUGACUUGGACAGCAUGUGGGUGCUUAUUUAAGGGUAAGUUCUGCAGCACAGUAACAGAUCCCAGAGAUCUGUUUGCCUGGAGCCUUUGUCUUAUUCAGUAAAGUCAUUCUCACCCAUCCUCAGAUUAGCUUCCUUCAGCUGGUGGUUCACAUUGCUCCAGCCUUCAAUAGACAGGGUGAACAAAAGAAUGUGCCACAUAAAAUCUGCAUGAAAGAUCUAACUUCAUCUUUUAAGCAUCCUUGAAAGAAAGAUAUAUGUCUGCCCCUAUUUAAUAUCUCAAUAUUUCAUUCAGUUCAUUUAAACAUGAUGGAAUUGAGAGCCUCAGGCUCUUCUGCAUUAUAUCCCCAGAGGCCACCCUGAACAAUCUGUGCUGGUAGAGUGUGUCUAUGGAUGCCAGCUAAUGUCUAUUCUGACCAAGAAUCAGGAGGCACUUGCCAGGCUUAAUCUAUCUGAGCCUCUGUCCUCAUGUAUAAAAUAGUGAGGCUGAACUAAAUCAUCUAAGUGUCCUCUAGAAUCUAAAUAUUCUAUGGUUCAAUGAUCCUAUACAUUUUUGUUUGUUUGUUUCACAAAAAAAUGGUAAUCAUAAAGUAGGAGCAGUGAUACCCAUCUCCUGGAGAUACAGCAACUGCUAAAACAUGUAAAUAUCCAUCUCAGACAUUCUCCCAUUUACCCUAAAACCCUGAGUACAUUCCUCCUCCCAAAAGAUCUUGGCCUUGAGUAGAGCAGAGGACUUCAUGACAAGGCCUGCAUCUCUCCAGCAGGCUUGUACAGGUAAACAACUUAAGAACACCACCGAGGAAGACCAGCAUGCAGGCUUCCUACUCUGGCUUCUCAGUAUCUUAGGACAGAGGCACUAACCCAGAUUCUUAUCUUUGUGCUAGCAUAACGCAUGGGCUCAGAAGCCUGUAGAGUGAAACUGCUACACCCUGGAACUGCACUUUUGGGAAGAGGCACCUUGCAUCUUCCCUCCGUCUCUGAGUGUCCUCUUCCUGUCCAAUAGCUCUGCUGGUCUUCUAUUUAUAAGGGGUAGAGUGACCCACCAACCCUAAAGAAUAGUCAGUCUGCCAACAUGAGCUGAAGGUUUCCUGUCCCAAUACACCUUUGGGGUCUCCAGCAAGUGAACAUGCAGUUUCUUUCUGUCUCCCAGAUCUGUGUCUGAUCCUGAUGCGGUCAAAAGCAAAGGCUUCAUAUAGUAUCUAUGAAUUUCCUCCUUGUGGUUUGAAUAUUGGAUGCAUGCAAGGGGAGAACAAUGCCACGAUGUGGCAAUGUGGUAGAGGUUUGCAGCCUCUACCAUCCCAGCUGUUUCUAACCGUGCAAGAGAAUCACACACCGAGGAGAAGGUGUAUAAAAAUACUAUAUGCCAGAAAAAAAAAAAAGCUUUGAGGAUCAUUUUCUUCAAAGCAGUAUGGGAUGUAUCAAAUAAACAAAGGAAAGCCAGACUGAUGCAGAUCUAUAAUUGGAAAACUAAAUUUAAAGGCAACAAAAUUCCAUGCCCAAAGUGUUAGUCACACUUCCAAUAGAGAAUUGUGCCUUAUGUGGAUGUUGAGAAUCGACACGAUCCUGAGAGGAACUCAAAAAGAAGCUAUACAGAGGUGGAGACAUCCCAUCUACAGAGAAGAAGGUUAGAGUUGAAUUUAACAAGUAUUCACUAAGCCCCUGCUCUAGACUGAGGCCUGAGCAAGGGACACACAACUCCCGCCACUGUGGACAAGCUCACUGGACCUGCCACUCCUAACUUACUGGUCCUAGUGAAUCCAGCUUCCUAGCAGGGAUGAAGGCAUCUGAGAAGCAGAUUCUUCCCAGGAUAAUGAGCUCAAAGAUUGAUCUGUUCUGCGAGUCCUUGCAGUGAGAGUUCACUGAGACACUCCAGAGGGAGCCACCAGUCAGUCCAAUGGACCUAAAGGGAUAUAGAUGAACAGCGUCAUCAUUGUGCAUAAUAACAGGGUGUGUGGAAUGGUUCUGAGCAGCUUUGAAUGCAGAAAAACAUCAGAGAGUGCCAGCAAGCCUUCUAUUGCCCAACAUCCAUUUAAUUUAUAAAAAUGCUGUCAGGUCUCAGUGUAUGAGGAAUACCAUGAUUUGCACUGUGCAUGGAUCUCAUUCUUAGUAUAGAGUUGUAUUACCUGUGUUUAUCUCUUCUGUAUGUUUCCUUGAUGUAGUGUCCAAUAGUAAUAGAAUGGGAGACAUCAUGGGGCCAUCUUUGUUCUAUUACUUCCAAAGUCUGGAAUCCAGUUGCUGUCAAUGUGUUGUGUUGUGGCAAUCUCCUCUCCAUCAUUGUUCUUUCUUGGGAAGGAGCUCUGAUUUAUAUCAUGUACUCACAGUAAUUGGGGGGUGUUGAGGGGAUUUUAUAGAAGGAACUAGAGAACAAGAGCCUUUGUCCUCCUCAACCCCUGCCAGAAUGCUAAGACCCAGGACUUAGUGGAAUCCUGGGAAAAAGGGAUCAAUAGCUCACUUCAUUGGCCUGAUUUUAGGAGAGAUAAAUGGAGAGGGGCCAUUCCUGACGCCUCUAUGUUUUUCAGCCUGAGAUCUUAGAAAGAAUCUCUGUACAGAAAUAAAGUAUGUUUUUCACCAUCUCGUGCCUUUGUCU